UUUUAGAAAAUCACUUAUUACAACAAAAGAUAUGUCUUCGUCCAAGCUAGAAACACAGCAAGCGACUGGCGAAAGCUACCAAAAACAGCCGGGCGCACCUAACGCGGAGAUUGCGGACAGCAAGGAACCAGAAUCGGUAUUAGAAGAGGGCGGCCCAAAAAAUGAUCAAGAUUUUGCCGCGGCCGAGCAGUACAAAAAUCAGGGAAAUGAUUUGCUCAAAACCAAGGAAUUUACAAAAGCCAUCGACAUGUAUACCAAAGCCAUAGACCUGUAUCCCAACAGCGCGGUUUAUUAUGCCAACCGAUCGUUGGCUCAUCUGCGCCAGGAAAGCUUUGGCUAUGCCCUGCAGGACGGUGUGUCGGCGGUGAAAGCAGAUCCUGGAUACCUGAAGGGAUACUACCGUCGGGCAGCGGCGCAUAUGUCGCUGGGAAAGUUCAAGCAGGCGCUAUGCGACUUUGAAUUUGUAGCCAAGUGCCGACCCAAUGACAAGGAUGCUAAGCUCAAAUUCACGGAGUGCACGAAGAUUGUGAAAAUGCGUGCCUUCGAGCGGGCCAUUGCAGUUGACAAGCCCGAAAAAACACUCUCAGAGAUGUACAGGGACAUGGAAACCAUAACUAUUGAGGAUGACUACAAAGGACCACAACUGGAGGAUGGAAAAGUAACCUUGCAGUUUAUGAAGGAUCUGAUGGAGCAUUACAAGGGACAAAAGCGAUUGCAUCGCAAAUUCGCCUACAAAAUACUCUGCGAAAUUGAUACUUACAUGCGAGCCCAGCCUUCUCUGGUGGACAUCACUGUGAAGGAUGAGGAUAAGUUUACGAUUUGCGGUGACAUACAUGGCCAGUUCUAUGAUUUGAUGAACAUCUUCGAUAUAAAUGGUCUGCCAUCCGAGAAGAAUCCCUAUUUGUUCAAUGGUGACUUUGUGGACAGAGGCUCCUUCUCUGUGGAAUGCAUUUUCACGUUGUUUGGCUUCAAACUGCUUUAUCCCAAUCAUUUCUUCUUAUCCCGCGGUAACCAUGAGAGUAUCAAUAUGAACCAAAUGUACGGGUUCACGGGCGAGGUAACAGCUAAAUACACUAGCACCAUGGCGGACAUAUUCACGCAAGUGUUCAACUGGCUGCCACUGUGCCACUGCAUCAAUCAGAAGAUACUGGUGAUGCACGGCGGUCUCUUUUCCUCGGAUAAUGUCACACUGGACAACAUCAGGAGAAUCGAGCGAAACUGUCAGCCACCCGAGGAGGGACUCAUGUGCGAAUUGUUGUGGUCCGAUCCACAGCAAUGGAUGGGCCGAGGGCCGUCCAAGCGGGGUGUCGGCAUACAGUUUGGCCCAGAUGUAACUGAAGCAUUCUGUAAGCUGAAUAACUUGGACUAUAUCAUACGCAGCCACGAAGUCAAGGAUAUGGGCUACGAGGUGGCCCACAACGGACAAUGCAUCACCGUCUUCUCUGCCCCGAACUAUUGUGAUACUAUGGGCAAUAUGGGCGCAUUUAUUACAAUUACGGGUAACGACAUGAAACCAAAUUACACAUCAUUCAAGGCUGUGCCACAUCCCGAUGUCAAGCCGAUGGCCUAUGCCAACAGCUUAAUGCACUGGCUGGCGUAGUCAUAGAAGUCGAGUCAGUUCCCAAAUAACUACAAUAGCUAAACACAUACCCCUUCACACAGAAAUACACACACACACAUCUGCAAACAAACAGCUUGAGAACCCACACAACCACAGAGCAGUCAGACAGCUUGCAACGAACAAAGAAAAUUCAGAAAUAGGAUGCAGAGGAUUCUGGAGAUGCUCAAUAGACUUUUAUGCACACACUGUAACGGGCUGAUUCACUACUUAAGUGCGACGAGAGGCGUAAAAAGAAUCACAAUUACACAAAAGAUUCAAACGGAAACAGAAACAGCAAUCAUUUUAUAAAAUUCAGCUAUAUUUGAUACAGAUACAGAUCGAGGAUGUUUUAGUGUAUAGUGGCUUUAGAAGUCGGAUGCUAAGUUUUAUCGGUGCCAAGCAUCUGCGCGGUUGCACGUACGAGUGUAAGUUGAGAAGGAAAUGAGAAAUGAAAUUAAAAUGUUUGUUCAUGCAUAGCAUUUAGUCAUUGGCCACCAAAAUCCCAGUACAGUAUACAUAUGCAUACAUAAAUAUACCAUACAAACAAAUAUAUUAAAUACAAUUCGGUUUUUGUUCUAAA